UGGCAGUCUGACAAAUUGCAGGUGCAUUGCAGAAUGCAGAUUGCAGCUCAGUUUUACUGCAAUAAUUUACUAGUAAUCUAAGUUUCUGACUAAAGUAGUUACUUUUAAUAAGUAUAUCGUGCUUCCUAUGUAUAAUUAACAAAUGCCAAUGUAUUUACCACUCCAUAAUGCGUCCGAAAAAAAGUAUUUUAUUAAAAUUCCAAUAACUAAAUUGGGCUUUAUUACAGUGUCUCUUCCAUUAUUUGCAUUUGUUAUGUGUGUCCUAAUGACUAUGUAUAAAGAUUUUGAGAAAGCAAAUAAUACUCACUGCAAAGUUCCAAAUGUGUUUCCGUCGAUAUCAGCAUCAAUAGGAAAUUAUGAACCACAACGAACUAUUUGGAAAACGGCUAUAUUCAUUCACGCUCCAAUAAGGUUUUUUAUAAUUUAUUUGCGAUGGGAAUAUUAUAGGAGCAUCAUUAGUAAAAAUUGUUUAAUUGUAGUAAAGUUAGCAGUAUUUUUAAAUGUUAUUGAAAAUUUAGCCUUAUUGGGAUUGACACAGUGGACAUCAUCUUUUAACUAUCCAUAUCAUGAGGCAUGCUUUAAAACAUUUAUUGGAACAUCAAUAUUUUACAUGUUCUUCACUUGCAUGAUGAUGACAAAAUACAGAAGAAGACAAACUAGUUCCCCAACAGAAGCAUACUCUUUAAAAUUGAAAUGGCGAGCAUUUUUCAUUAAUGUUGGGUCCUUUGCAUUUGCUGCCUAUUUCUUUUUAAGACACAAUAGACUGUGUGAACCUUAUGUUUAUUCUAUGUUUGGAUUCUCGGAAUAUAUAGUAGUAGUCAGCAAUAUAUUAUUCCACAUGACCACGAUAUAUGAUCUCAAAGUACAGUAUAUUUACUUCACUAGGAAAGGCAUUGCCAUAGAAUGACUCAGGAUUUUAAGCAACAUAUUUUUGGUACAGGAGGAAAUUAAAACACUUCAAAAAAGAAGUCUUCAGGAAUAAUAAUAUAUAUGUAAUUAUUUUUAUUUAAAUUUAUUAUUAACAAAUCUUAAAUCUAAUAACAACAGCUAAUCAAACUUUAAUAAAAAAAACAUACAUGUGUUUAACCCAUCAGUAUCAUGGUUAAAAAAAUAUUGGAAUAAUAAUGUUUCAUAAAGUUUAACAGGCUUAUAAAAAAUAGAUUCCUUGGUAUAUUUUGAGUAUAUUUGUUAGAGGCAGAAAACACAAUAAACUUAGUCGUGACAAAGUGCCCAAUCCUGAUUAUUAGCAAAAUAUUUAAAUGUAAAAAUAUUUCUGCAAAUAAAUAAAAAAAUCUAAAGAAUGUAAGUAUUUAACAUAUUGUUACUUUUUUAUUUUAUUAAUUGUGUAUAAUGGCUAGUGUCUGAUUUUAUAAAUAUUGUUAUAUUCUCUCCAAAUGUAGAUACAUAUUAAGAUAUAAUAUUAUUGUAAUAUAAAUAUAAUAUUCUGUCCAAUUGUCCAUCCACAAGUACCUAAUAAUGUUAUGCUGUUUUAUUAUCAUUGUGAAAUAAAUUACGAUAUAAUAUGUUUAUGGUCUAAUUUAUUUCACAGUUGUUUUAAAACAUAAUAGAUUCCAUAGAUUUAUGAGUCAAAAAGAGCUAGAAAUAUUCUAUUGAAUAUUGCCGAUCAACUUUAGGUGCUAUAUUUGAAUUAGAAAUGCUUAUGUAAGUUAAAGAACUAAAUAUUUUUAUACUAUGUAAAUAAUUAUGUAAUUUUAUUUAUGUGAUAGAUAUAGAAAUAUAUUUAUAAUGGUAGCAUAAAGUCUAUACAGGUUGUUGAUUAGUACAUAAAGCAUAGAGCUUUAAUAUAAAUACUACAGAAUUGUUCAAUAGCUAGUAAAUAGAAAUGAUUGUUUUUUGUUA